AUGUUCAAGUCCCUUCUUACCACGGGGCUCUUGGCUGCGGCUGCCGUAGCCCAGCAGACAACCUCAUAUGUCGACUCCGCAACUGGCAUCACCUUCCAGAGAUACACCGAAACCUCUGGAUUCUCGUUUGGUGUUGCCCUGCCUUCAACUGUUGGCAAGGACUUUAUCGGCCAGAUCUCUGCUCCCAUCACCGCGGGAUGGGCCUCCGUCUCUCUGGGCGGUCCCAUGACCAACAAGCUCCUUGUUGUUGCGUGGCCCAACGGAGACUCUAUCCAGACUUCCAUCCGAAAGGCGUCAGGAUACUCGAACCCCGACGUCGUGACCGACUCCGGCAUCACUCUCAAGCCUAUUGAGUCUGGCACCUCCGUCAACGCCACUGCCUUCACUUACACCUUUGUGUGCGAGGGAUGCAUUACCGGUGACACAACCACCUUCACUGGCACUUCUGAUACCACCACCUUUGGCUGGGCUUACUCGACAACUGCCCUGUCCGACACCACGAGCGCUUCUGUCGCUCUCAACUACCACGGUGCUGGAUUUGGUCUUUUCGGUGCAAACCUCGCCUCUGCCAAGUCCGCCGAUUACGCGACUUGGGCCGCGAAGGCCUCCGAUGCCGUCUCCACUCCCGGCACUGGCAACGGAACUUCCCCGUCCGUCCCUGCUAACAUCACCACCACGAUUUCCAACACUACCUACGAUUACAUCGUCGCCGGUGGCGGUGCCGCUGGUCUUAUUGUUGCCGAGCGUCUGGCCGAGUCCGGAAAGAGCGUCCUUCUCCUUGAGCGUGGAGGACCUUCUUUGGCGUCCAGCGGUGGCAAGGCUACCGUCGACUGGAACAGCACCGUCACCCAGUACGACGUCCCUGCCAUGGGCUACUACCUCUCGACCGCCAAGGAGACCAGCGAGUACUGCACGGACACCGCUUCCCAGGCUGGCUGCAUUCUCGGUGGCUCUACCAUGGUCAAUGCCAUGAUGUGGGUUAAGCCUCCCGCGCACGACUUCGACGACAAGUGGCCCGCGGGCUGGAAGUGGAGCAGCGUUGAGGAGUCUGCCAACAAGCUCUACGAGCGAACCCCGGGAACCAUCCUCGCCAGCAAGGACGGAAAGCGUUACGACCAGGGCGCCUACGAUGUCAUGUCCCAGUGGCUGGCCGGCAACGGCUUCAGCGAGGUCGACGCUCUUGCCGAGCCCGAUAAGAAGGAGGCAGUCUUCACACACCCUCCUUGGUUGAUCGAGAACGGUAUGCGCGGCGGUCCCGUCCGUGACUACCUGCCUCUUGCCCAGGCUUUGCCCAACUUCAAGCUGCAGCUUAACGCCAAGGUCAUCCGUGCCAUCCGCAACGGCACCACCAUCUCUGGUGUCGAGAUUGAGACUGCUACCAACGUUCGCCAGAUCAUCAAUCUGAAGUCCGGCGGCGCCGCCAUCCUGGCAGCUGGUGCUCUCUCUUCCCCUCGUAUCCUGUUCAACAGCGGUAUCGGCCCCAAGGAGCAGAUCCAGACUGUUCAGAACGGAACCGCUCAGGUUACCCUCCCCGCUGAGGCCCAAUGGAUCGACCUCCCCGUCGGCCAGAACCUCAAGGACCACCCCAUCUUCACCGUCAACUUCAAGACCAAGUCCACCCUUAACUCUUUGGCCAGCACUGCAUUCACCGCCCCUAGCCAGACCGACGUCGACCAGUUCGCCCAGGGAUCCGGACUUCUGAGCCAGGCUGGACAGCGCCUGAACUUUUGGACCAGUGUCGAGGGCUCUGAUGGUGGCAAGAGAUACGUCCAGGGCACUGUCAACUCUCCUGCCAACGACACUAUCCGCGUCAAGGUCUACCUCACCCACGGUCUCACCUCUGUCGGCGCUCUCGGCAUUUCUGCCGACGGCUCCACCAAGCUCACCACCGAACCCUACCUCACCACUACUGAGGAUAAGGAGGCUAUCACCAGCUUCAUGAACCAGCUUAUCCAGUACGCCUCCAAGUCCAACAGCACCCUGACUCUGUCCGGCAACGUCACCGCCGAGAGCCUCAUUUCCGAGCACACCACCGGCAGCCACUUUGUCGGCAGCGCUGUCAUGGGCUCCACCAACGACGGAAACAGCGUUGUUGAUACCAAGACCAAGGUCUGGGGCACUGACAACCUCUAUGUCGUCGAUGCUUCCAUUCACCCUGACUUGCCCACCGGUAACACCCAGGCUAUUGUCAUGGUUGCUGCCGAGCACGCUGCUGCCCAGAUCCUUGGAGGAGCUGGAAGCGCUACCAACUCUGGCUCUGAGUCUAGCUCCGGCUCCGGCUCCGGCUCUGGCUCCGGCUCUGGCUCGACUGGUUGCAAGCGUUCUGUCAAGCGCCUCGAACGCCUUCAGCGUUUCCGUCGUGCUCACCACAGCUUCUAA